AUGUAUCCGGCAGCCGGAAUAUUAUCAUGGCGUGACGGAAUAAACGAGUUUAUAGCCGGAACAAAAGCCGAGUUAUUAAUCCUCCCCAAAGAUGCAUACGGAAAUAAUGUCUCUUCCGACACGGAACAAUCGCUACUUCAUAACUUCACAUUGUCCGCCUCGACCUCCAAUCGUAUUCCGCCAAGUGUCGUCGAUAUAACCGACAAAAGAUGGAAUAACCAACAAGGCUAUCUCAUCAUCGAGUUUAUUACAUCCAAAUCCGGAAACCUAGUACUUCACGUACAAGUCGAAAAUCAAACGCUCCACGACUCUCCUUUACCCUUCGUAGUGUUUCCCGGAGAAUUGGAUGUGUACAGUUGUGUAGCUGAAUUAAACGUAGAAACGAAGUACUUCCAAUUAUUUUCGACGAUGGAAGGUCUAAUAUAUCAGCACGAUAAAUACGAAAACCUCGUUUCAAGAUUAUACGCGUUCGAUAUCGAAGUUAUCGAGAAAGGGACAAAUUUGUCAAUGCCGUUGGCUGAUCUAGUGUUCGAAGAAGUGGGGCCCGGUGUACAAUCUUUCUCCUUCAGCCUACAGAAUCCGGAAGCUUCAUGCUCGUUAGUGGAAAUACAAAAGCAUAAGGCUAGCGAUUUCGAUGUUAUUUAUACACCUGAAAAGAGUGGUUUAUACGAGAUACGAGUUUUUUGCGGGAAUAUUCCUUUGAAUCGUGGGCGUCCGUUUCGAAAGCAAGUAAGCCCAGAAAAGAAUAUUUUUAAUUAUGAAUUUGCUGCAGGAAGUGUUAACGUGUCACGCUCGGGAGUUAUGAAUUAUGCUCGGAAAGUUCCUAAGAUGUCGAAAAAUGAAAUAAUUGUACAUCUCGUGGACUCGUAUUCGAAUCCCGUUCUUCUAGAACAAUCCAAGCUGAACUUGGAAAUUGCUUCGAUAAAUAAAUCCGAUUUUUCGACUUGGAUUUUUUCCGAUAACAAAGAUGGAUCAUAUAGUGGUCCCUACCUGGCAAAAGACGUCGGCACGUACGAAAUAUGCGCUUCGUAUAACGGAGAGCGAUUCUUGCCUUGUCCGUUUGGUGUGAAUGUGUACAAUAACGAAUAUUUUCCGAAAGUGUAUAACGAUACAGUUUCGGUAUGGGAGGAUGAAUCGAUUGCGUUUAACGUUUUGGAUAACGAUUAUUUCGCCGGUGGAAAUGCAAGUAUUCUUGAAUAUACUAAGCCAAGUCAUGGUUCACUCCUACAAUACGGGAACGUUUUUCGAUACACACCGUACCGAGGGCUUUUUGGGAAUGAUUCUUUUUCGUACUCGAUAAUCGACAUAAACGGGAAUUUUGCUUCUGGUGCUGUGGAUUUACUAAUCCUCUGUAGACCACCUCAAUUCAUUUCGAUUCCGAGUAAUUUGCAAGCUACCGAGGAUUUAAUUAGUCCCACAUUCGGUGGUUUCACAGGAUUUGAGAUUAUUUACUCCGAUUUCGAUGAAAUAAUAAACGUUACUCUAACUUCAAAAUCGGGGAAUUUAUCGUUAUCUCCCAUGCAAAUGCAAUUUUGGCAGCCGAAAUGGGAUAAACUUUACGUGUAUAAAGAGGCUAACGAAUUGAAAUUAGUAGGCUCUCUUUACGCUAUCAACUUUGCUCUUCAAUCCAUCCAAUAUUUCGGAAAUGAGAAUUUUUACGGUGAAGAUAUUAUCCGAGUUUCUACCAUAAACAGAAACGGGAAGAACGAAAUAGAAAUUCCGAUUUACGUUCAGCCAAUCAACGAUCCACCGGUCGUAAACACUCCCUCGUUUGUUAUCUUGGAUAAUAUGAAUGAUGGAAUACUCAUCUUUGGUCAACUUAGCGACGAGUUUGACUUCAUCGAAGAUCCGGAUCUUCGAAAUUUUCCUGGAAAUAGGUCUCGUUUUUCGAUAAUGUUUUCAAUGGAAGUGAGUGAUGGAUUAUUAUCGACAAGUCUUCCUGCGAAUCUCGUUAGCUCGACUGAACUGAAAACGAAGAGUAGUUAUCAAUGGCAGCCUCUUCAAACAUUUGUUACGAUCUCGAAGCAUUUCUUGGUUAAGGCAAAAGGCAUCCGAUUUAAAGGUACAAUCGACGAAUGCAAUAGUAUCAUGCAGCAACUAUCCUACCACGAAGGCGAACAUGGAGACGUGUUGACUUUGACUGUAAACGACCUGGGAAAUUACGGGUGCUAUCCGAAUUGUGACGAGGCAAUUUCGAUGUCUCUUUUUGCUGAAUCGACGGUUAAUCUUAUAAGACACAGGCCCAUGAGUUCAUUAGUAGCUCAUACUUUAGGAUCAGCAAUUGUAAUAGAAUCAGUGUUCGUAUUUUCGCUUGGUUUGCUGCUUCUGUUUUUCGUAUGCAAAUGCGCUUUCGUGCUCGUUUACGAAAAGAAAAGGGAAAGAAGGAUAAUGAAAUUGAACUGCUCAAAAUUGAUGUUGGCUGAGGGUUCUGCUGGAAAGGAGAAACUAUCGACCGUAAACUGCCCAUUGCCGUUAUCGAUUAGGGGGCAGCAUUCAAACUCCAACAGAUCGUUUGACUCUUGUUGA